AUGCACUCACCCUUGGAAUUUCGGGUUUCACUUUUCAAGAGAGAUUUCUAUACCGCUGGUGUGGUGGAGUUUAAGCCGUCCAAUGUGUUGUCCGCUAUUUGGAUAAGCCACUAAGCCACUGGCUAUUUGGAGAUAAUCCACUCGCAGAAUGCCACUUCUACGGACACUAUUGUGUUCCCAGAGAGCACACUCAGCGACAUGGGUGCCACGACCAUUGUGCCCAGUCCCGAGGAUCAGAUAAACCCCUGUUUGAGUGACAAUGAGUGCACCAAUGUGGUGUUCGAUCGCCAAGGAGUCGUGGUGUCCAGGUACCGCAAGGUGCAUCUGCACGGCGAACAGCCGGAACUGAGCACCUUCCAGACGGACUUUGGGGUCACAUUCGGGCACUUCACCUGCUUCGACAUCCUGUUCUGCACGCCUGCUCAUCAACUGGUGGAUCAGGGAGCCACCGACUUUGUCUACCCGGCCAUGUGGUUCUGCCAACUGCCCUUCCUCACAGCGUUUCAGGUCCAGCUGGGUUGGUCCUAUGCCAACGAUUUCAAAUUGUUGGCUGCUGGAGCAAGUGAUCCACGGAUGAAGCGGGAUGUCACCCGUCAAGUGGCCACCAGUUCAAGUUUCCACAUCAAACGGGAUUAUCUGGAGAACUUUACCAGCGAGGAGGUGAAAAUCGACGCUGGAAGAGCCGGUAAUCUUAGCCAGAUUCUGUGUCACGGUAGCUUCUGUUGUCACUUCGAUCUGGCCUGGAGAUCCUUGAGGAAUCCGGCGACUAGUAACACCAGUCACUACAGCUAUCGAGUGGAUAAUGACCAGAGGUUGGAUGUCAACUAUAUGUUAUGGCAUUCCAUAGAUGAUUGUGGUCAGCUGCUGCCUGACCUUCAGAGGCCGCUGGUGACCUUCACCCAUCUGGAGAUUGGGGUCACAUAUCCGCAGUCACGGGAAUCUCUGUUUCCCGAUACCCUGCUCGAUAAUCUCCUGCCUCUGGAGCCCAAUCAGUUUGAAUGGUCACAACCACAGAUCUCCGAAGAGAGGUGA